UGCCGCCGCGGCCCGUGCGUGAGUCCCGGGGGCGAGCGUGGGGACGGCUGAGGCCACGGCCCGCGAGUGAGCUCGGCGGAGCGAGACUGGGGAGAGGCGUUGCCCGAGGAAAAUAUUCAGCUGUUCGAUCUGAAAGAGUGUUGGAAGUGAAGCUGGGGAACAGAAGGGAUGACUCCUGCUAAGGAAGAAGAUGUCUGUAGCCAUGUGAAAGUGGUAGUCCGUGUCCGUCCAGAGAACCAAAAAGAAAAACACAGCAACUUUAGCAGGGUUGUCCGUGUUAUUGACCGGCAUGUAUUGGUCUUUGAUCCAAAGGAGGAACAAGUUAGCUUCUUUAACAGGCAGAGAGUGACCCAUAGGGAUAUUAACAAAAGACAAAGGAAAGAUCUUAAAUUUAUGUUUGAUGCCAUUUUUGAUGACAGUUCAUCCCAGCUGGAAGUUUUUGAGCACACUACUAAAAAUCUAAUUGAUGGCUUCCUAAAUGGAUAUAACUGUACAGUGCUUGCAUAUGGUGCAACAGGAGCUGGAAAGACUCAUACAAUGUUAGGGUCUCCUGAAGAUCCUGGAGUCAUGUAUUUAACUAUGAUGACACUUUAUAAACGCAUGGAUCAGAUAAAAGAAGAUAAAACAUGUGAUGUUGCCAUCUCUUAUUUAGAGGUUUAUAAUGAACAGAUACGUGAUCUGCUGGUCAAAUCUGGACCUCUGGCUGUGCGUGAAGAUGGCCAGCAAGGAGUGGUAGUUCAAGGUCUGACACUGCAUCAGCCUAAAUCAGCUGCGGAAAUCCUUCAGAUGUUGGACUAUGGAAAUAAAAAUAGAACUCAGCAUCCCACAGAUGUGAAUGCCUCCUCUUCCCGGUCCCAUGCUGUCUUUCAGAUUUACCUACGGCAGCAAGAUAAAACAGCUAGCAUUAAUCAAAAUAUUCGUAUUGCCAAAAUGUCUCUCAUUGACCUGGCAGGAUCUGAACGUGCCAAAGCCACAAGUUCCAAGGGGGCUCGUUUUGUGGAAGGAACAAAUAUUAACCGGUCCCUGCUUGCUCUUGGAAAUGUCAUUAAUGCAUUGGCUGAUCCAAAGAGCAAGAAACACAUUCCUUAUCGAAACAGCAAACUUACUCGUUUAUUGAAAGAUUCUCUUGGAGGAAAUUGCCGAACAGUAAUGAUAGCUGCUAUUAGCCCAUCUUCCUUGUUUUAUGAUGAUACCUAUAAUACUCUUAAGUAUGCAAACCGAGCAAAGGAUAUCAAGUCUUCUUUGAAGAGCAAUGUUGUUAGUUUGGACAGUCACAUAAGCCAGUAUGCUAAAAUUUGCAAUGAACAAAAGAAAGAGAUCCUAAUGUUGAAGGAGAAACUCAGAGAAUAUGAAGAAAAACAAGCAAGCAUUCCUGAAAAUCAUAAUACUGCAGAACUUUCAAACAACCAGCAAGUGGAAAUAGAAAGAUACAAAGAAAUAAUUAAAAAUGUUUUCGCAAGCCGUGAGGAAAUCAGAAAAGAAUAUCUUAAGGUGGAAAGAAAACUGAAAGAAAAUGCACUAAAGAAAUAUUACCAGAAUCAAUGUCAUGAACAAAUUCAACUGAUAUGCUCUGAAGAAAGAGUAGAAAAGGCUACUUGCAAGCGGGAUCUAAGGCUUUCAGCACUUAAUAGUCACUAUGUACGCAUGCAGAAGAAAAAAGAAGAGCAGACCAAUCUUUUUGAGGAAAAUACCAAAUGGCUGCACCGUGUUGAAAAUGAAAUGCGCCUUCUAGGUCAAGAUGGGUGUAUUCCAAAAGAACUUCGUCAAGAUCUGCAGUAUUGCCAUUUAAACCUAGAAGUUCAGGCCCUUAAAGCCCAGAUUGAGCACAUGUUGUCUCUGGUGUCCCUUCAAGAUCAGUAUAAUAAGCAAACAGAAAAAGUACUAAAUACUGCACUUCCAGUUCUUCGCAAGCAAUACCUGACUUUGAGAGAAGCUGGGUUGACAAAUUGCAAAAGUGAGACUGAAUAUGCAGAGGUUGAGCACCUGAUUCAAAGACAAAAAUCGGUAGCUUGGGCUGACCAGACUGAAGAAAAUAAUCGAAAUCAAAACCAUGAAGUAGAAAUGUCAGCUAUAUUUUCAUUCCCACAGCUUGUAAGCAGACCAAACACCCCAUGCCGUACCUCUUUCGGUACACCAUCACAAGAAAUGAAUAAAAAUACACAAGUGUUAGAACAUACAGAAUCGCCACAGAAAAGAACUAGGAGGAAGCUAAUGGACGCUCCAAAUCCAUCUGCCUCCAACCAAUGCAGCUUCCAGCACCUGGAGGAUUCUCUUGCCAAGGACAUCUACCCUAUAAUCUAUACACCAGACUCUUGCAGAAAGCCAGUACAAGGCUUCUAUACUCAGACUGUGGUAAAGAAGGCUUUACACCUUGCAGGCCUGGGGAAAGUCAGUGCAUGUAGUACAGAUACGCCAGCCAAAAAGGCCAGUAUUAUGGACACUACAUGUGAUAUAAUCCCAGACUGUGAUGAAGCUGUCAUGAAUUCAACAAUAAUUCUCUAUGAAGGCACAGAUGAAACAACUGAAAUGACUACUUACUCAUCUGUGAAGGAGUCACAGGCAUGCAGCAAUAGCAUUGUGCCAAGACUUGAUCUUUCUUCCUUAAUUAACAAAAAUUCUGCUCCAAUAUUUGAGAAGCCCUCAUAUAUGGCAAUGACUUCAGCUGCUCAGAGAAAAAGAAAGGUGUUGAGCUCUACAUCAAACACUGUGUUGGGCAACCUGCAAGACCCAGUUCCUGCAAAGCGUGUUCACCGGGACAUCUUGUUAAGCCACGCAGCCUUGCGAGUACCCCGAGCAGCUGGAACUAAAAUGAAGAGGAGGAAGCAAGAGCAGGAUAUGUCAAGAAACUUCAUUAGAAGUCUUUCUCAAGAAAAUGACCCACUGGAUGCUAAAACAAGGACAUCAAAAAACCUUUUACUUCAUAUUUCCAAGAAGAAGGAUUUAGUUCUCAAUUCAUCCUUAUUUCAAGCAGAAUUGAUGGAUAGCAAAUGAGAAUAGGGUGAAUUGUGAUAUCCUGUUGUAAAUAAUUUUGAGAGUUUUGUGGUGGAAGUCUUAGAAAAAUUAUUUUGACCCACUAAAUUAUUUUCAUUGGAGUAGCUUCCUUGUGUUAAAAUCAUUUUUCUUUUGGAAGCAACUUAAACAUGCUAAUAUUAGAACAUGUUCAUGCUUAGCAUUAUAAUGCCUUAGAUGUUCUUAGAUUGCUAGUAUCCAUUGAUGACAUAUGGAGUCUUUCUGGAUUUUAGUCUGUUACUUGAUUGUAAA